AUGGAACCGAAAGACCUCUGGAUUCUGCUGGCGGUGAUCCUUGGGACGCUGGUCCUCACCUGUGCUGCCAUCCUCACCCUCUUCUGCAUCAGGCGUAAUAAGAAGAAGUUGCGCAUGUUUGCACGUCGAGCCGCUACCCCCCUGGAUGAUGCUGUGUUUGAAUCGUGGCGGCGUCCAAGCCAAUAUACCCAGCGUCCAGAGAGGUAUGGCAUUCGAUCGAGUCAGCCGAACAUGGCUCGCGCUGCUCAAACACCGAGCAUGAUGGAGAAAGAGCUCCGCAACUACACGUUCCCCCACUCAUCAUUAUCUUCCGCCCCCUCGCCUGUCCGAAAACCGGAACGGGCACAAAGAAAGUCGAGCUGUGCUUCUUCCAUUGCAGACCGACCACCCACACCAUACUCGCCUACCUCGGUUUCGAGUGAAUUCCCGCCGUCAUCCUUCACCUCAUCCAAAUCCUUUCCAGGCUCACCACGUACACAUUAUCCAUCCUUGUCAGAGGCUUCGGCUUUCGAUUUCGAUUUCAACGCUCUUUACGACGAACAUUCCAAGCGGGAUCGGCGCCGUGGCAACAGCCAGUCUGAGCGCCCUCUCAACCUGUCCUAUGGCUUUGACAAGGUCUAAGGCAGUUUACGAAUACACUUGGCCACUUUGCCACUUACCGCCGCGCUUCAUUGGGAAGCAAGCAGCAACGACGUGCGAUGGAAUUGUUUUGCUGCAGCCCGGGUCUGCGUCAGGCAUGCAUACACAACAUUUUUUCUUUUCUUUUUUGAUACCCUUCACCGAAUAUGGUAAUGACCACAUACACGGACUUAGUUUUCCUUUCUCUCUCUCUCUCUCUCUCUCUCUCUCUUUAGCUUUCUUUCUCUUUGUUCUCCUCCGACUUCGGGAAGAAAUCUUUAUUUCUGUGAUACCAGACAAAUUGUCACUUAUACGGGCACCUGCCUCUGAAAGUCUUGUAUUGUUACGUAGCACAUAGUAUAAGCCGUUUCGCGGCGCUCACGUAGUGAUCAAAUAUACACAUAUCCACACAAGCAGGACAAUGCAUUAACGGCUAAAUUUGAGGAAUGCAGUGUUGAAGCAUUGGGAAAGUUGGUGUAGGGGUCCGGAACAAGAUGUUGCGGCAGUCGCGCUACAGGUGGAGACGCUACAUGACAUUCGCGCAUCAAUACACUACAUAUAUACUAAAGUAGUCUCGCGAACCUUGUAGCGUUUGUUGGUCCAACGAGUGGAGUCGAUGCUCAUCAGGUCGCUGUUCACCGCUCUUCUCCGCUGCUACACAGCAGUAACAGCCGAGACUCGAGUCCGCCUUGUUACAAAUGCGCAUAGCUUAGACUCAGAAUUUUCAAAAAGUGCAUGCAUCUUGCAGGGCAAACUUGAUGCUGCUAUCGCUGUGAAACCUGGAGUGUUGGCGACCCAA